UCUAGUUUCAUACAUUCUCAUCUUGCCUGCUGCCAAGAAAAAAAGAUGAAAUUCACCACCAAGAAAAUCCUGUCAUGCCAGUGUGCCAGACCAAAUUGGACUUGGUGUCCAACAGAUGAUGUGGUCCUGAUGGCUUCAUCUGACCGGGAUCUUCAGCUCUCGCUGGAUCAGUUCGCAGCCGAGUGUGAAGCGACCGGAAUGAGAAUCAGCAACUCCAAGUCCGAGUCCGUGGUUCUCGCCCGGAAAAGGGUGGAAUGCCAUCUCCGGGUUGGGGAGGAGACCCUGCCCCAAGUGGAGGAGUUCAAGUACCUAGGAGUCUUGUUCACGAGUGAGGGAAGAGUGGAUCGUGAGAUCGACAGGCGGAUCGGUGCGGCGUCUUCAGUAAUGCGGACGUUGUACCGAUCCGUUGUGGUGAAGAAGGAGCUGAGCCGGAAGGCAAAGCUCUCAAUUUACCGGUCGAUCUACGUUCCCAUCCUCACCUAUGGUCAUGAGCUUUGGGUCAUGACCGAAAGGAUAAGAUCACGGGUACAAGCGGCCGAAAUGAGUUUGGGUCUCUCCCUUAGAGAUAGGGUGAGAAGCUCUGUCAUCCGGGAGGAACUCAAAGUAAAGCCGCUGCUCCUCCACAUGGAGAGGAACCAGAUGAGGUGGUUCGGGCAUCUGGUCAGGAUGCCACCCGAACGCCUCCCUAGGGAGGUGUUUAGGGCACGUCCAACCGGUAGGAGGCCACGGGGAAGACCCAGGACACGUUGGGACGACUAUGUCUCCCGGCUGGCCUGGGAACGCUUCGGGAUCCCCCGGGAAGAGCUAGACGAUGUGGCUGGGGAGAGGGAAGUCUGGGUUUCCCUGCUUAGGCUGUUGCCCCCGCGACCCGACCUCGGAUAAGCGGAAGAUGAUGGAUGGAUGGAUGGAUAUCCUGAUGUUCAUGUGUUAGAGAUAGAGAUGUUCCGAUCAUGGUUUUAUGCUGCUGAUUCAGAUCAACAUGAGUGAAAUUGGCUGAUUCUGAUACAAUGCAACAAUAACUACACAAUAUUUCAACUUGCCUCUUAUUUUCUAUCAUCACAUACAAUUGUUUGAUCAAAACAACGUCAGUAGUACACAAUAACUAAACAAAAGUAAAAACUGCUAUUACCUAUUGUUUUGUUCCCUCAAAUUCCUCCUCUGUCCAGGAAGUUAUUCCUUGAGUUUAUAAACAUUAACAUACACAGAAAAAAGAAAGAUUUUAGGAAGAAAAAAAUAUUGAUCAGAUCACUCUCGAAUCAAUCAAAUAAUUCACUGCACUACCCAUGGUAUCAACACUUUCCAUUUAUGAAUUGAUUCACGAGGACCCCGACUUAAACAAGUUGAAAAACUUAUUUGGGGUGUUACCAUUUAGUGGUCGAUUGUACGGAAUAUGUACUGAACUGUGCAAUCUACUAAUAAAGGUUUCAAUCAAAUCAAUCAAUUCCUCUUGACAGGGUUUGCUAAACACCAAUCGUUGUUAUAAUAUCCUCUCUCAAACUAUUAAU